UCUCGAUUAUCAAUAGGUGUGGGCAGCGACGCUAGUUUGCUUUACUUUUUUCAUUUGUUGAAAACAAAACACAUUUUCAAAUAAUUACUGUGGUCUCGAAUUGUCGUAAAAUAAUAAUAGUAUUUAGUGUUUUUGGAAUUGGUGCGGACAGUGAACGUUUUAUGUUUAAGUUAUUGAUUACUCUAUGACAAAGAUGUAAACUGUGAAGUGUCUCUAUAAUGAAGGUUCCGCCGGAAUAGUGAAGGUACCUACCUACUACCUACGAGACUCGGAGAGACUAUCCUUGCAAACUUUGAUAAAUGACAGUGACUUAUAGAUGACAUGGUGGCUUGUGAGUUAGAUAAGGAAGUCUCAGGGGAGGUGUUAGGAUGGAGGCUGCCGGCUUGGCAGGCUUUGUUGUUCCACCGAGUCUUACCCUCAUGUGGAGGACUCAUAGUAUAUCUCACUGUUAUGUGCUAUGACAUUGCGCUCAUCUACGAGCAUUAUAAUAAUGGACACAGUGGGGUAGGGGCCUUCUGCAUAGUUCUGAUGUCGUUGCCAGCGGUCAUAUCCCUGGUGUUUACUCUGGCUUCCCCACCACCGAACCUGCAGACCGAGCUGUCAGCUUUUUCGAUCAACGUUGAGAAGAAGGAACUAAAAUGGAUCGCCAUGCAGUUUCUCAACUGCUUGUUCUUCCCUAUCGCCGCGAUUGGCAGAUACUGUCACCAGAUAUUCUGGUGGACAGAAGCCGUGUACGCUACUCGAGCUGACGACGAGGAUAGGAUCCGCGAAGCACUGACCACGGCGAGAGCACCAGCGCCCAUGGAACUCUACCUGUUUCUUCAAGCCUUCAUCCACUCAGCACCACAUGCCCUGGUCAACAUUCUCGAUCUGAUGGCUCGUUUUAAUGACCCGGUUUUUGAAAAAGUAUCAGUACAAGCUGUAAGCAUAAUCGCAUCCAUGCUAAGAAUGGCCAGUACAGCUACGAUGUACAGGCGUUUUGAGAGGGAGAAACUUUGCGGCCGGAAAUAUCCUUGGAUAGUCAAUAUUACAACUAAAGACUUUUCCGAUUACAAGGAGGAAAAAGUCGAAGAACAAAAUGAGGAGCCAAUCUACGAACCCAUUUUGAAGAAACAAUCUUUUACGUCAGAAAAAGCUGCUGAAGUUAGAUCUGAUGUAAACAGCGACUUGAUACAAUUUUCUCCAAUGGAGGACAAAAAGUCGCCCUGGGAAGACGAUUACUCGGAUUCUGGGACAAGCUCAGACUACUUACCCCCCGGUGUAUUUAGUGACACUUCUCCAAGGCCAUCACUGAACAGUGACAAUGAGUACGUGAGGCCUAUUUCGAUCAUAGAUAGAGUAGCGCCGAGACGCCGAGACACGCAGUUCACGAUUGAAAGAGUUGAGAUAGUACCACCGCCGGCGAUACCGGCACCCCGGCCCAUGUCUUUGGCGGCAUGGGCAGAGAAAAUGGUUGAGAAUGCGGAGUCCAUUCCGUCAUGGCUUUCAGCGCCUCCUAGAUAUAAAUAUGGGGAGCAGUAUGUAAUACCGGAAGAGCCCGAGCUUCCUCGGAGAGUGCCGCGGUCUUACAUGCGAGGGCUAGAGCCACAGGAUGCGUCGGCAGCUCUCAUACAGUUCCUAGGAUGGUACGCAUUCUUCGUGGCACGGUUGCUCUCGAUGGCCGCAUUUAUCAAUUGCGUGCCCGUCAUAGCGAUCAUAAUCCUGAUGUCGCAUUACCAAAUAAUGCUGCUGUUCCUAAUUGUCCCUCAAGCGAGUACCGUGAGGAGGGGCUUCUACAUAUUCCUGGCGUUCAUAUACUUGUUCUGUUUGAUGGAGUUCAAGAUCCGUUUCCGGCACGUGCGCGUGUGGCAUGUGUUUUGGAUCAUAGUGUGCACAAUAGAGACCAUUAUAUUCACAGCCCUCUGGGCCAACAUAGGCAACGAUUUUGGCGAUUGGUGGAGUAUGUACGUAGUAAACGUAAUAACAUUUAGUUUGUUAUUGAGUUAUAUAUGUUUUCUUGUAUAUUUCGUUCUGUUGAAACCGAGGGAAACUGUUGUUUAUAUAAACAAGAACAACGGUUCCACUAAAUAGCUGUGAAUUGUUUGCGAAUAAGAAUAGUGUUCUGGAAAUUAUAUGAAGUCAUGAACGGUUUA